GAGGGAUCCGCCUAUCACCCGCCGUCACGUUCAAACGUGAACCACCGCUAUCGAAACGAACAUGGGCCAGCUGCUCGCCAUCUGCUGCAUCCUCGCCGGCGUCGAAGUGACCGACGACUUUGGCGACUUGUGUGGCGGUGACUCCGACGCUUCCGGGGGCGGCUGCUGCUGCUCGGACGCCGGGUUCGACAACGGGACCGAGGUCGUGGUCCUCAACAACUACAACGCGUCACCGGAUUUGCCUCAGCUAGGACGCUCCCGCUUCCAUGAUGGUGGACCCGCACCACCUAGGAGGCCAUAUGCGCCGGAGGUCGAACAACGCGAGAGGCGCAGGCAGCGUGAGCGGCUCGAGCUGCAGCUGCAGCGCCAGAGACGGGAGGAGCUAUUCAGCACCGCGCCGCUGCCGCCGCCCUAUGUGAAGUAAUUCUUGUG